AUACCGUAUAGGCGACAUAUAUAAACCCUCGGUUACAAUAUUAUAAAGGAUUUUUGAAUUGUUGCUAUUUUUAGAAUAUUUUUUUAUAAAUCUCACGUACCCCCAUUUGAGAAGCACUGCUCUAGGAGACAAUGAUAUUGAAUGAAUGCGAUAAAAUGUAUGACGUCAUGCAGGACAAAGAUCGUUGUGUCUCACGCGCGCAGAAAUGUUUGUAUCUGAUUUUUUUCGUGAGUGAAUAAAGAGUGUCGUCAAUGGGAGAUAAAAACAGGAAAGUACAUUUAGAAUGUCAUGGCUUCAUUAAAGUCGCAAUUGUAACAUUUCGAGCGAGCACAAGCGGACUAAAGCCGGCACUGUUUUCUACCUGCUCCUUGUUCGCACGAUAGACGAUCUUUGGUCAACAAAGAUGGCGUCGAGCAAUGGCCUCGCCUCUCUGGGUCCUGACGGAGCGAAGGCCGCCGCGCAUGCGCUGUCUCUCCCCGCCGAUGCGUACGGGAAUGACGAGCGCCUGGAGGCGAUGUGGGCCAUGAAGGCCUACAACCACGCCGAGGUCUACUUCAACCUCAUUUCUUCGGUCGACCCGAAGUUCCUGAAGCUGACAAAGAUGGACGACGAGAUCUACGCGUCCUUCAAGGAAACGUUCAAACACCUGGACCUGAAACUGCUGGACCCCGAUGACCUCAAGUCCGCCGAGGCCAAAGAGAAGUGGCGCCCUUUCUGCAACCAAUACGAAGGCCAGGUGGAGGACUUCAACUACGGGACUCUGCUGCGCUUGGACUCUGGGAAGGACUACACGGACGAGAACACCAUCUUCACCACCAGGAUCCAGUUUUUUGCCGUGGAGAUCGCCAGAAACCGAGAAGGCUUCAACGACGCCGUGUUCUCGUCGAGGUCGUCCAAGAGUUAGCCGGGAAGGAACCCGUCUUUUUGUAUGGAUCUGUAUUGGGACUGUCAUCUUGCACGUGUGCAGACCAAGGACACAAUAAGAAUAAAUGUCACGCCACACGCACAAAACAGUCUGCAAGUCUUCUGCUGUGUCAGCACACUGCGUGCACCAGGGAUCUUCGCUUUGUCUUAGGGGCCACAGUGCUGUUUUUAAGGACUUCUGCAAAAAAUAAAAAAAAGCUAGUCUAAGAUCAUCUUUAUGGCAGGGAUGACAAAGGGUGGUUACCAAAUGUAAUACUUAUUUAUACUGACCUCUUUCAAGUUGCGCAAUCAUCCUGGCAUGUCCACAAGGCUACGCUGUAAAACAAAAAGUCAGUCAAUCGCCUGGAAUGUACCGUUAAACCAUCAGUGGUACCAGCCGCCGAGUCUUCAAUAUGGCCCGCAAAACGACACCAGUACAAGACACACUUGUAUAUAAAUAUGCAAUGAUCUAGUUGCAUACCUGCCAACUACUCCGGUUUUCCCGUAAUUAGUACGGUUUUCAUCAACCUAUUCCGGGUUACGGUUGCAGUGAUAAAAAAUACGGUUUUUCAUUUUUUUAAGUUUUAUUCACGAAAUCGCGUAACAACAACGACAAUCGACACUGCUUCCCGUAACUUCCUAUCGAGCCUUUCCGAAUGCCAUG